AUGUCGGAGAUCUUGUGCCAGUGGCUCAACCAAGAGUUGAAGGUGUCCCGGACCGUGAGUCCCAAGUCAUUUGCGAAGGCGUUUUCCAAUGGCUAUCUAAUUGGGGAAGUUCUACACAAAUUUGAACUUCAGGAUGACUUUUCAGAAUUUUCAGAAAGCAGGGUUUCGAGUGCCAAACUUAGUAAUUUUUCUCGCUUGGAGCCAAAACUUCGCCUUCUGGGUGUGCAGUUUGAUCCGAAGGUGGCGAACAACAUUAUCACGGAAAAGCCUGGGGCAGCAACGAAACUCAUAUAUGAACUGUAUACUGCUCUCCAGAAGAGGACGAGAAGCAGGCUGCCCGGAGUGGAGCUGCAAGCCACGCAGCCCCUGAGCAAAACGAGGCUACAGAACAUGAAGAGUGAGGCUUUUCGAGAUAGACUUAGAAACCUGAUACCACGUCAAACUGAUUUCAAUCUGAUGCGGGUUACACACAGGUUUCAAGAAAAAUAUAUACACAUGAAAGAAGAUCUUGUCCGCAUGCAUUUUGAGAAACUUCAAAAAUUUCAAAAACUCAAAGAAGAACAAAGAACUUUAAAAAUCGAAAAGCAACGGUUGAGCAGAAGACGACAAAAUGAAAUAAUGGCCAAAAUCCAGGCGGCUAUCAUACAGAUUCCUAAACCUGCAUCAAAUCGUACUCUGAAAGCACUUGAGGCCCAAAAAAUGAUGAAGAAGAAAAAAGAAACAGAGGAUGUGGCCAAAGAGAUUGAGAAGUUUGAAGCAUUACUGAAAAAGGAUCUCCAGGCAAAGGAAAGUGCAUCCAAGGCUUCUUUAGAUAGAACGGGCCAGACAACUGCUGAUUUGUUAAACACUUACUCGGAUGAUGAAUACAUUAAAAAAAUCCAAAAACGCCUUGAAGAAGAUGCUUUUGCUCGAGAACAAAGGGAGAAAAGACGACGGAGAUUGUUAAUGGAUCAGUUAAUAGCCCAUGAGGCGCAAGAGGAGGCGUACCGCGAGGAGCAGCUGAUUAACCGGCUCAUGCGGCAAUCCCAGCAGGAGCGCAGGAUCGCCGUGCAGCUCAUGCACGUGCGGCACGAAAAGGAGGUUCUGUGGCAGAACAGGAUUUUCAGAGAAAAACAGUAUGAGGAAAGACGACUGAAAGAGUUCCAGGAUGCUCUGGAUCGAGAAGCGGCUUUGGCAAAGCAAGCCAAGAUUGACUUUGAAGAACAAGCCAUGAGAGAGAGGGAGAUCCAUGAGCAGAUCGUUGUGGAAAGAGCUCAAGCUCGUUACCAAAAGCAUUAUGUAAUAUGUGCAGCAAUUUUGGAUCAGAUACUUGAUUUGUCCACGAAAGUGGCAGACUAUCGAAUGUUGACAAAUAACCUGAUUCCACAUAAAUUGAUGCAUGAUUGGAAGGAACUGUUUUUUCAUGGGAAGCCCAUUUAUGAGCAAGCCUCUAUUAAGGAUGUACUAAUUAAGCCCUCUGCAGAGCAACUUAUAGAACUGGAGAAAAGGGACUUGCUAGAUAACAAUGAUUAUGAAGAAUAUAAGAACAUGGUUGGAGAGUGGGCGUUACCAGAAGACAUGGUUGAUAAUUUACCACCCUCCAACAACUGCAUAUUGGGCCAUGUGAUUCACAGGCUAAUUGAAAAAUCUCUUCCCCCUCGAGUUGAAUCGACAGUGCCUGAAUUCCCUUCAAAGGCUAUUAAAGGGUGCAUAUUGGGAAAAACAUUUAGUGGAAAAACUACUGUCCUAAAGUUUCUACAAAAAGACUUCCCUAUUCAGGUACUUUCUAUCGACACUCUUCUCCAAGAAGCCAUCCAAGCAUUUCACGACAAGGAAACAGUCUGUGAGGCCCUACCAGAUCAUAGUGAAGCCGAAGGAAAGGCUCUGCCUGACUGGCACAGGAACGAAAGCCAGGCAAGUGACCUGCAAAAUAAAUUUUCAGCUGAUCCAGUUUCAGAUGAAGUACUACCAGAAACAGAAGAUAAAACUAUACUUAGCACUGAUACCAGUAAAACACCAAAAGCUGAAGAAGACAAAUCAAGUGAUUAUUUCUCUAAACUCACUGUGCGUGCUCAGCUUGGUGCAAAAUCAGAAGAGAUGCUGAAGAAAGGGAAGAGUGUUCCUGAUCUGUUGCUAGUUAGCAUCCUAGUAAAUGCUAUUAAUCAGAUACCGGUGGAUCAAGGCUGGGUCCUUGAUGGUUUUCCAAUGACAGUAAACCAAGCCAAGCUUCUGGAGGAUGCUCUCUCAGGCUGCAGUGGAAACCCCGAAGAGCUGGAGGGAAAGAACACACACACGCUGGCCGUCGAUCCGACAGCUGCCAAAGAAGUGCCUCUUCGCCCUCCUGCACUUGAUUUUGUCAUAUUAUUAGAUAUUUCCAAUAAUUUGUCACUGGAUCGCAUGAGUAACAUCAUGGCUAAAGCAUUUCCAACUAGAACACUUCAUGAAGAUAUCAAUCAACGCGUAGCUGCUGAGAAUGAAGAUACAGAUGAUGACCAGAAUUUAAGACACCAAAUACAGCAUAGAAUUCUAGGUUUCAUGGACAACUGGCCUUUAUUGCAGCAAUGGUUUUUGGAACCAGGAAAUAUUUUGAUAAAAAUCAAUGCUGAAGUAGAUAAAGAGUCUUUAUGCCAAAAAGUAAAGGAAAUAUUUAUGAAUGAAAUAGUAAAAAAAGAGAACAAAGUUAAAAAGAAAUUAGAAGAAAAGGAAGCUGAGAGAAAAGAAGUUUCCCUGGCUGAGGCUGCAGCAUUGCCUCCUCCUCCGCCUCCUCCUCCUGAACCAGAAAAAGGGAAGGAAACCCAUCCUCCGCAUGAGCAUUCAAAAACUCCUGCCAAAGGAAAACCACCAUCAGAACCCCAACGUGGUAGGCAAGAAUCUCUUCAGGAAGGAAAAGGGAAGAAAGGUGAUACUUCACUCAAAAGAAAAGGUUCUCCUAAAGGAAAAUCAUCAGGAGGGAAAAUACCAGGAAAGAAAUCCCCUGCUGAAUCCACAGUUGUGUCGCCUACCCCAGCAGUGCCACCACCACCUAAGCCAGGGUCCGAAGAAUGGGUCUAUGUGAAUGAACCAAUUCCUGAGGAAAUACCUUUGUUUUUAGUACCUUACUGGGAACUAAUAGAAAAUUACUAUGUAGACUCCAUCAAAACAGUGCUCAGGAACCUGAGAGAAGACCAGCAUAUUGUGCUUAAUUUCUUAUAUAAGAUUAGGACAAGUUUCCAGCAGUUCCUAAGGCGCCCAGAUCACAAGCAAAAUUUUGUAUCCCAAUGGCAGGCCGAUUUCAACUCACUUCCUGAAGAUUUGUGGGAGGAUGAGGAAACAAAGUCGGAAAUGCACCAAAGAGUGAACGAUUUACGAGACUGCCUGUGGGACAUCUGCGAUGCCCGGAAGGAGGAGGCUGAGCAGGAGCGCCUGGAUAUCAUUAACAAGAGUUGGUUGCAGGACUCGAUUGGAAUAAUGAUGAAUAACUUCUUCUCCCUGAUGCAGGCAGAACUGAACCGUUUUCAAGAUACAAAGAGACUCCUUCAUGACUAUUACCAGGGAAUGGAAUGCAAAAUCCCAACAGAGGACAACAAGAAAUUUACACACAUCCCAUUGGUCCAAAUAGAUAAUAAAGAGGUCUUGGAAAGCCACCUUAGAAUUCCUCUAGCUUCUCGAAUAUCCAUUUCUCCGGAUUCAGCUGUAUCCAAACCAAAAACAAAAACCAUACUGAAAGGCAAGAUUGAUCACUCGCUGGAAAAAGUAGAGUUAAACCUCGAGGCCGACGAGAAGCUGGUGACGGACACCUGGCAGCAGGCCUCCUUAGCAAUAUCUCACAUGGUGGCUGCUGAAAUCCAUCAAAGGCUCCUGGAAGAAGAAAAGGAAAACCAGCCAGCAGAAACCAAAGAAAAAUCUCCUCAGAUGAAUGCUAACAAAAAGGUCGCAAAGGAACCACCCACGAAAAAAAGGGCAGACAAAAAUAAGAAAGAUAAAUCACCACCCAUAGUAGAAGCCACUCCCGCAAAAGAAACACCAGAGGUGACUGCUGAAAUGGAAAAGAAAAGUGAACUGAGACUCAAAAUAAAGGAAGAACAUCUUGCUGCCCUGCAAUUUGAAGAGAGAGCCACACAGUUCCGACUUGAACUGAUAAAGACAAAAGCAUUGGCUGCCUUUGAAGAUUUAGUAACAAAGGUGGUUGAUGUAUAUAAACUCAUGGAAAAGUGGCUUGGUGAGAGGUACUUGCAUGAAAUGGCCAGUGUAGAAAAGUUAACUGAGGUUGCUCGCUAUCACAUUGAAACAUCUACAAAAAUCCAGAAUGAACUCUAUUUAGACCAGGAAGACUUCUUCAUUAAUGGUGAUAUAAAAGUCUUUCCAGAUCCCCCUCCUCCAAUACGCCCUCUGCCUGUGGAGAAGGAAGAAAAUGGCACCCUGACCAUUGAGCAGCUUGACAGUUUCCGAGAUCAGUUCUUAGAAAUAGCACCUAAAGGCAUAAUAGGAAAUAAAGCAUUCACUGACAUUCUUCUUGACUUGGUAACCCUGAACCUCGGGACAAACAACCUUCCUAGUAGUUGGAUGCACCUCACUCGACCUGAACUGCAGGAGCUAACGGCUUUACUAACAGUGAAUUCGGAUUUCGUGGACUGGCGGAAGUUCUUGCUAGUGGCCUCGCUGCCUUGGCCCAUCCCCCUGGAGGAGGAGCUCCUUGAGACCCUGAGGAGGUUCAAGGCUGUGGAUAAGGAGCAAUCGGGCAACAUCACCUUCAAGCAGUACACACAGGCUGGCUUGUGGUUUACGGGGGAUGAAGAUAUAAAAAUUCCAGAGAAUCCUUUCGAACCCCUGCCAUUCAAUAGGCAGGAGCAUCUCAUAGAGUUUUUCUUUAGGCUGUUUGCUGACUGCGAGAAGGAUCCACCCUGCCUUGACUACACGCAGAUGCUGCUUUAUUUCGCUUGCCACCCAGAUCCUGUGGAGGGGGUCUACCGGGCCCUCAGCGUGGCCAUUGGGACUCAUAUCUUCUGGCCAAUCAAAACUACUACUUAUGCUACAGAAGAGGUCUUCUCCUUGAUUGACAUGGCUCCAAUUCAGGAAUACCCCGAAACUGAGGAAAACAUUGUAAGUGAGAAAAGGGAAGUUAGAGAGGAAAGGGAGGCAAAGGAAGAAGAAAUCCCUGAAAAUGCCAACACUGAAAAGAUUUCUAUGGAAACACUGCUCAACGUGUUCCGAGGAGGAAACGGAGGCUGGAGCACUAACCAGCUGGCCCGCAACCUGAGACGAGAGGACAGCCACGCAGAGAACUUCAUAAAAGUAUUUCAGGACCUGGGUGCCAAGAAUCUGGAGCCAAUAGAAGUUGCUCUUCUUCUGAAGCAUCCUUUUAUUCAAGACCUGAUUUCAAGUUAUCCAGACUAUAAACUCCCUGAUAUUAAAAUAAUUCUCCAAAGGAGUGAGCAUGUACAAGGAAGUGAUGAGGACAGAUCUCCUUCAAGACUUACAGAGGAAAAGAAAUGAAAACCGAAGAGCAGGGUGUGAUUUUUAUAAGUUGACAAUGAAUCUUCCAACAUCAAAUCUAAGCACGGUGUUUGGUGUUUGUCAUACAUGUUAUGGUUCUAAGUAUAGAAAUCACCCCUACCAGGUUAUG